UGUUAGUAAGAACUUAUAUUACGAACGCAUUUUAGGCUUUUCAGCAGUUAAUUUAUAUUGUGCGUAGCAGUAAAGAGCAAGAUCAACAACCAUGGUACUGUCAAUGGAACGUUGGAAGGGCAAAGUGGCCAUUGUGACUGGCGCCAGUGUAGGAAUUGGUGCUGCUAUUGUUGAAAAAUUAGUGGAAGAAGGUUUACAAGUAGUAGGUCUAGCUCGACGAUCCGAGCAAAUUGAAGAAAACGCCAAAAAGCUUGCAGGCAAAAAAGGCAAACUCCAUGCCCUCAAAGCCGACAUUUCCAAAGAAGAAGACAUCCUCAAAGCAUUCAAAUGGGUUACCGAAAACUUAGGCGCUCCCCACAUUUUAAUCAACAACGCUGGAGUUAUCCAACAGACAACCCUGGUUGAAGGCGACACAGAAAUGUGGAAGAAAAUUUUUGAUAUUAACGUAAUCGGGUUAUCAAUAGCGACAAGAGAAGCAGUGAAACUAAUGAGAGAAAACAAAAUCGACGGUCACAUUGUCCACAUCAACAGCACCUUGGGUCACAAAAUUGUGUACCAGCAGUUUUCCAACGUAUAUCCGGCUUCAAAGUACGCCGUUACAGCUUUAACUGAAACCCUCAGACAAGAAUUGAAUCAUCUUGGACUGAAGAUAAAAGUUUCGAGCGUAAGCCCGGGACCAACCGCGUCGGAAUUUUCGCGAACUAGUAAUUUUGUUUUCGACGAAAAUAUGAAGAAAAUGAUGGCUGACAGAGUACGAGUUAAAACUGAAGAUAUUGCCGAUGGGGUAAUCUAUGUAUUGUCAACGCCACCACAUGUUCAGGUACACGAAUUAAUAAUCAAGCCAGUUGGAGAUCCUUACUAGACCUUUUAUUUUUGUUAAAAUCUUGGGUCAUUGUUAUGGCUAAAUAAAAAUAUGGAAAACUA